AUGCACCUGGUAACCGAGCAGGAUGGGGGAGAGCUACAGGGGCCCCCAAUCGGCCGCUGGAUGGCCCCACUGCCCGUUUUACAGCAGUUUAACCACAGGGACCUGCAAAUCCAGGAGUUUACAGACGUGAACGAUGGAGAGAAGGAGGUGAUGAAGCUAUGGAACCUUCACGUUAUGAAGUAUGGCUACAUAGCAGAUAACCAGAUGAACGGAGCCUGUCUGGCGUUUGUGGAAGGUUGCGGUGCGUACAUUGCCAGGAAGAACCUCUGUAGGAACUUCCUGUUACACCUGGUCAGCAUGCAUGACUUUAAACUGGUUACCACGACAACCAUCAACCAGGCCAUGACACGCCUCCGACACAUCCAGCAGACCCAGCGGCAGGAAGGAGGAGAGGGGGAUGGAGGAGAGGAGUGGGUGACAGCGCUGGGGUCUCCGUCUGAGCUGCAACCCGACUAUGCCACAUGUAAUGAUGACCACACGGAUGGUAAGAGUAACCAUGGUAAUGGCCGCACGAAUGGAAACGGCGAUGGUGAUGAAGCUGGUAGUUCUGUUGCUGUGGAAACAUCCAGGCCGAGCAAGAGGCAUAAGUUCUGAGGUACCCUCCUCCGGCCCUCUCCUGGAGGAGGGAUAAGUAUCUAAAAUGAUGCCCGGUGAUUGGCUGUGAAAGAGGGUGUGGUGGUGGUGAUUGGAGGGAAUAAGAGAGACUCAUGAUGACAUCAUUCCAAAC